CUUUCGACAAUAUACAAAGAUGUAUGUACAUAUCUGUCAAAUAUCAGUCUGUCGGAUAGGAUUGUAGAAUAGUUAUUUGAUCAAUGCUAUAUAUCGAAUCGGUAGCAGACAGUUCGAUUUCUAUCACAGUAUAACGUCAGUACUCUCUGCUCGGUCAUGGGCUCAUGUAAGAGGCACAUUAAUAGGUUUGAUAAUUAAGAUGAAGAAGUUUUUCAGGAAGGGGUCCAGUCACAACCCGAUCUCGACCGUGGUUCAGGGAGGGUCUCAGAGGUCGUCCACUGCUGGUCUUUCAGAAAAGGAUGUCGUUGAGCGCGAGUUCUGUGGCCGUUCGGUAACUGUGGAUUCGCUGACCGUGACCAUUGACCGCCUUAUAGCCGAGGGCGGGUACAGCUAUGUGUUUGAGUGCCAUGAUGUGCGUACACGUACACCAUACGCACUGAAACGGCUUGUGCUGCCUACGGAUGAUCAGAGUGAGAUGGAUGCGGAGGUGGCGGUGCUGAGUCGUCUGGGGACACGUGCAGCAGGAUCCAGUGGUGUGAUCGAGUACUUUGGGAGUGCGCGAAUACCGCUGAAAGGCCAUGCCAACCAAAUUGAGUGCUAUCUUCUGAUGCAGUACUGUCCGCGGGGCAUCAUCGGCUGUAUGAGCGAAGGAACACUGCAGAUAUCCUUUGUGCUCCAAUGCAUGGCGAGUAUGUGUGUGGCCCUUGGUGCAAUGCACAACCUAGACGCCCCGUACAUCCAUCGUGACAUUAAAGUGGAGAAUAUCCUUCUGGACCAAGAGAAUAGAUUCCGACUAUGUGACUUCGGCUCAGCCACGUGUAGGGUUGCACUGGCCGGUGGGACUGGGGCGAUCGCUGCGAGGACGCAGUUCUACGCCACUUCGCGCACAGACAUCGAAGCCGACAUCAGCAAGCACACAACCCCACAGUACCGCAGUCCAGAAAUGGUCGAUCUCUACAGUGGGCAGCCUAUCAGUGAGAAGUGCGAUGUGUGGGCCUUAGGCUGUGUUCUGUAUAAGCUGCUUUACGGGGACACCCCUUUUGGGGAUAGCACACUAUCCAUUAUUUCAGGCCAUUUCAGCUUCCCACCGCAAACCAGCGCGACGACCACUACCCCUUCCCAGAAAGAGAAACUAGAUCAAAUUGUCGCAUUUAUGCUGAACUCCAAUCCUAAAACUCGCCCGGAUAUAUACGCGGUCUCCAACCGGAUACACACUCUUUUGGGUAAAGCAAACCCGAUUCGAAAUACAAGGUUGCAGAAAUUAGUAGAGAUGUUCCCGGCAAUUGAUAAGAAUAGGUUGAAUCUGCAACUGAUGCUCAGCCGGACGUUAGAAUCCACUGUAAGCGCCUUACGCGGACCGUCACCGCAGCCUAGUCCAAACAGUCUGGGCCUCGACAGUGGAGCUCAGCGCACACAAAGCGAACGGGUGCACUCCCUGUCCCCACAAGCGACACAGAGAGGGCAGCCACCGACACACGCGCGGACUCAGUCACACGCACCCACAAACACCCCUCGCGUCCAUAUACAACCAAACACAUCGUCCGAUGUACAGAGGUUCACCGGCGCGUCUCCGGGCCAGGUGGGGGGUGGGCCUCAGCCUCAGCCUCAGUUUCAGCCGAUGUCUGGCGCAAGUUUGGGCGGGAACCUGUAUGCCGCGGGGAAUAAUAGUAGUAAUAGUAAUAGUAGUAAUGGUAGUAGCCGUACUGGGAGUCAGUUUAGCCACGAGGACUCCGCCAGAAUGGGUCACCAGCGCACUCGUAGCACUCCGAUGGCCAGGGCCUAUGCUAUGGGCCAGAUGGGUGCUGCACUGCCGCAGAGACCGUAUUCGCCCCAAAACGCCUCACCCGGCGGCUUUCCGCCAUCUCCGGGCCCACUAUCAUCAGUACCACAACACAUGAGCUUGGGUCCAAAUAUGACUGUAAAUACACAGCCAAACGCAGGUCUGGUCAGUCCUAUAUCACCAUUGGCAGGUGCUGGUCCUAUUUCACCAAUGACAGGUGCAACGCCCACGACGCCAAAUGGUGCACGAGAACGACCGAGGGCCAAACACAGGGUUAGCAAUACGGUCGACUUCAGGGUAACCCAAUCGGCCGACUUUAACACCCCGCCUACGAACGAUCCAUUCGCACCGCCAGACCUAGCCAAUUCACCAUCGAAUCUCUCCACUCGGCCCGCGCAGAGUGCUGCCUACGACCCCUUUGCUAUAUAGGACUACUGAUUGUCAGCACCCUUCUUUUCUUGUCUUGUAUGAAGUGUGCGUGCUGGAGUGGUAGCGUUGGCAUGGAUGUGCUGGAUGUGAUGUGUCUCGGUGGUCGGAAACGUCUAUGCUGGCCAACGCCGUUCCCGGCCACCUGGGUACAGCUGUGUUGCCUGUUUGCUCCAAUCAUAUGUAGUCCUAUGUGGGCUAUCCCGGAUAUGUGUGACGUACAGAGCUUCAACGGGACCACCCUGAAGUUGAUGACUAUACUGCGCACUAUCACCUGCCCAUGCGGUGUAUUGUACUUACCUACCCUUGCAAGAGUCCUGGUAGCGUCUCAGAAGGAGGAGUAUACUAAGGUGGUGUCUAACCCCUUUGUUGCAGUCCCAGCACAAUAAGGCGCGUGUUGUCCAGCCCCACAGAGUACGCACUGGUGGCUGUAGCAUCUUUGUUUCCUCCAAUCAGAGCUCCAGUAUCAAGAUGGCAACCGCAACAGCCAUCACUCUCUUCUAACAAUACCACAACUCCAAGGCUGACGCGUGCCAUAGUAUGCACUAAGACUCGGAUACGGAUGAUUUAGACUCGAUGCCGGAUAGCUGAAAGUUACUAGGAUAGGGCAGGACGCAACGUUGUGCCUAGGCUGUUGCAACGUCUUCGAGAAGAAACGUAUACACCACUACUCAAAUAGCAGGAUAGGGCAAUGGUAGUACGAUGUCUGGGCCUUCUCCAUGGAUACAAUUAAAUAGAUUACGAUGUACCUUCAGUGCACUCACAACAAACGAGUUAAACCAACUGACUUUAUAUGUGCGCAGUUGAAUUUUGGAAUAAACGUUGUGUAUUGACGGAGACAUAGAGGUUAAGCUUGUGAGGCUGCUGCGUUUGUUCGUCCCUACACAAGGAAACACUACUGGCC